GUGUGUGUGUUGGGGUACUUGCUGCUUGUACUCAUCAGAUGCGAUAGGGGGAACCUCUUACUGGAGGACCGGUGCUGUUCCAGCUCAACGCAGCCACGUGGGGCUCCGCUUGUCUCAUGUGGUGACCUCCUUGGCGGAUGGUCGCGCGCGGGGAGGUUUGCUGCUGCAGGACAAGAUGGCGGCGAGGCGAGUGACGUUGAAAUCUGCUGCUGUCCUUUCCUCAGUUCCACUACAGAUACUUUUUUCUUUCAAUGCAUUUUAUUAUACUUUCUACUUCCUUGCCACAUUUCUAAUGAUCAUCUACAAAAGUCAGGUGUACAGUUUCCCGGAUGGUAACUUGGCCCUCGAUCUGGUUCUGCUGAUGCUUAUGGCUGUCGUGGAGAUGAUGAGACUUUACUUAGACGCUGACUUUCAGUUGCACAGCCGCCAAGUGCCCAAGUAUCCGUACUUCACAUGUGAGCAGGUUGAUUAUUGGAACAAGGGACUGUUCGCCACCUCAUCAAACACAUUCCGGGAGGAUUAUUCAGAGUUUUGUGCGUUAGGAAUGGGAAAAAAUCCACUGACAGCUGCUGAGAACAUUAAGCACACAAAUUUUAUACAUUUCCUGAAAGAUUUGUUGGGGGGGAGGGGGGCGGGGGUGGGAGAAACGAGAGAGAAUAGGUGAUGUAAACCCUUUGCUUAUUAUAUAUAAGGAUCAUGCAUGCUGUUCUUUCAGAUAAACUUCUUUGUCACUUUAUUAUGAACCCCUUUGGCUUCUCGAACCCUCCACAUCCCAGCUCCCAGCGCUUCAUGCCGGUGCAGAUCUAGCUGUUACACAGCUCUGCUGUUCCUCAAGGCUGGGUCCACAGUGUUCCAGUGCACAGCUGCUGUCACACCAUCUAGAUUCUUCCCGCUCAAAGCAAGUGAAAGCCCUCAAGUGAAAGAUGGUCCUCACUGGCAAGCUAUGGUUAGACUCCAGCAGCUAUCUCAACCACACAUGUUGGAGUCCCCAAGCCUUGGCUCUUACAAACCUGCACCUAUUACUCUCUUAUACCCCUUAUUAGGUAAGCAGGGUAUGUUCCUCUAGGGAGAGAUUGUGUAUUCCAUUCCAGAAACAAGCAAGUGUCUAUGUAGAUGAUAUAGAUAUGUGGAACUCUCAGUUUGGUUUGGAAGCUCUUUAGUAUAGUGAUGGGUUUCUCCAUGUGUCAGACACCCGCUGAGCAGAAAAUAAACCACCACAGAGGUUUAGAACCCACCCUAACUCUGUAUUCACCUUUCACCUGUGGGACCUGGGUACAGACACUGGUUCAGUGGCAGAGGCAAUACAUUUCCUUGAUAAAAUAGAUGAUUUCUCACCGAGCUUCCACCUGCACAACAGAAAAAUCUUUCACUGACCUGUGUGUUUCUUUAUCUCGAUAAAUUUCCAGAUCAGAUAACCGAUCAGGGAGGAGCACUGCUUUUAUACCAGCCUUUUUUAUACAUCUAUUUUGUAUUAAAUAAAUCAGCCUAUUUUUUCUAUUCAAGGUUUUUAAUGCUUGUCACAAUAAAAUAUUUUUUAUCUCUUGUAUCUUUGCUACAGCAUUACUAUUACACUGGUUAUUACUGAGCACCUCAUAAACAUGAGCCUGGCAGCAACUUCCAGUG